AUGGCCACAAUCGCAGAUUCCGGGGUCUCUCCGACCAAGGGAGACCAUAUCCAAACGACUGCUGUUGAUAUUCGAGAUUCAGAUCAGGAGGAUCAUGUGGGAAAACAUCGGCAGCACCUCCUCGGGAUAAAACUACCCCGUUACUUCGACAAGGAUGAAGACAGGAGACUGGUCCGGAAACUCGACCUCUUCCUUUUCAACGCCUACGUGUCUGGCAUGAAGGACGAUUUAUCCCUCUUUGGCAAUGAACUCAACUACUUCUCGACAACUUUCAACUGUGGCAUUAUUGCUGGAGCAGUCCCUCUCAUGUUACUUUCGACACACGUCAGGCCGUCCAUUAUUUUGCCAACCUGUGAGCUCGCCUGGACCUUUCUCGUCAUGGGAAUUGCCGGUGCCAAAACUGCCGGCGCGGUGUAUGGCUUACGCUUCGCUACUGGCUUCUUUCAAGGAAUUGCGUUCCCCGGAUUUGCUGCGCUACUUGGCUCAUGGUAUACCCCCUCUGAGCUGGGUAAGAGGAUGGCCAUUUACGAAGUGUCGGCGAGAGUGGCGGUUGGAGGCAAGUGGCUUUUCAUUUUCGACGGUCUGAUUUCCCUGCCCAUUGCUCUUUGGGGUUUCUACGCCCUUCCCGACCAGCCGAGAGAUACCAGAGCUAGGUGGCUCAAGCCUGCUGAAGUCACACUGGCAAUCGAUAGGAUGGAGCGUGUCGGUCGUCAACCCAUCCAGAAGAUUACCUGGUCCCGCUUUAAGGGCAUCUGGACAACUUGGCAUGUCUACCUCUUCGUUAUCUGCUACUUGUACGUCUACUCUCUUCUAAAUUUGACAUCAAAUGACUCAUUUAUCACCAGUCUUUACGGGGCUUUCUCUUGGGGAGAUGGCUACUUCAACCUAUGGCUCCAAUCUCUUGGAAAGUACACUGUGCCUCAGCUCAACAAUAUUCCGACAGCUGGACAGGGAGCUGCUCUCAUCAACUCAAUCAUAAGUGGAAUCGUUUCCGAUUGGUUGCAAAACCGUCCAGUAGUCAUUGUUGCAAACAUGCUACUAUGUCUGGCCGGAAAUGCUUUCGUGGCAGUAUGGGAAGCCCCAGAGGGCCUCAAGUUUACUGGGUACAUCCUCAUCACCGCAGGCCUCCCUGCCCAGUCCAUCACAAUCGCCUGGUUGAAUGAGGUCUGCCAGGGUAAUGGCGCACUUCGUGGGCUUAUUGUGUCAAUUGGUAAUACCAUGGUCUACGCAAUUAAUGCCUGGGCUCUUGUCCUACUUUUCCCGGCUGUCGAUGCACCUCACUACGAUUACGGAUACCAAGUCUGCGCAGGAAUGAUCGGUCUCGCAAUUGUCACUGUUGGCCUGAUCCUGUUCCAGAUUAGGAGGGACUUGAACAAUGGCAAGGCGAUACGCAACGAUGAAGGCCUUCUAGAGUUCAAAGCAUGGACCCCUGAGGAUCGAGAUAAUCAAGAAGAUCAGGCGCCUAACCCUAGCCAUGCCUAA